AUGACGCUGGACAAAGCAGCUGGAGGAAGUGAAGGCAGUGGGGGUGGUGCCAUGGGGACAUCCCCAGCCCACCAAUUCAACACCUGGUUCCGCGACCCGCGGCUGCCCGCCUCCACCGCGCCGGAGACGUGCACGCUGGCCACGGCCUCGCUGCCGUCUGGCCGCGUCAGUGCGCGCACGCUAUAUCUGAAAGAGCUGGAUGAGAGGGGGUGGGUGGUGUAUAGUAAUUGGGGGAGUAGGAAGGGGAAGGGGGGCCAGGUUUUUGGGACGGCGGGUGGUGUGGAUGAGUGGGAGUGGGAUGGGGAUGGGGCAGGGGUUGAAGGCGCGAGUGAGCAGCAGCAGCAGCAGCAUCAAGGGAAUCGAUGGGCGGCGUUAACAUUCCAUUGGCAGGCUGUGGAGCGGCAGGUGCGUGUUGAGGGGCGGGUGGAGUCGCUGUCGAGAGAGGAGAGCGAGACGUAUUGGCGGACGAGGGAGCGGGGGAGCCAGAUUGGGGCCUGGGCGAGUCAGCAGAGUAAGGUCCUAUGGGAGACGGGCCCGCUGGCUGCUCCUGCUCCUGCUUCUGCGGCAUCGGCUGGGCUUCGUGAUUCAGCUGCUAUUGUCAAUGGGGUGGAUACCGCUCAUGCAAAUGCUGACAAUGCUGACGACGAUGAUGGGCGAUCGAUCCUUGACGACCGUGUAAAGGCGAUGGAAGCGCGCUUUGCCGGUUUGGAAGAGAUCCCGCUCCCGCCGUUCUGGGGCGGGAUUCGGAUUGUGCCGGAGUCCGUGGAGUUUUGGCAGGGGAGGAAGAGUCGGCUGCAUGAUCGGUUCAGGUAUGUGAGGGUUCAUGGGGAGGUGGGAUCGGGGGACGAGACGGCGAAGGCGUUUAAGUGGAGGAUUCAGCGGCUGUCGCCAUAA